UAACAAUCACUACCACUCCUCACUCUCUCAUCUCCCAAAUCAAAUACUCCUAAUUAAUGGCAGCCAUGGCCACCACCCUCACCUCCUCCCUCUCCAAAACCCAAUUAUUCGACACCAAGUCCUCUUUCCAUGGCUCCGCCGUGCCAACACGCCCCCAGCCACCGAAAUCCGCGUCCGUGACCAUGUCCGCCGCCUACAACCUUGACAGCUUCAAAUUCCAGCCGAUCAAGGAAUCCGUGGUCUCCCGGGAGAUGACAAGGCGCUACAUGACCGACAUGAUCACCUACGCCGACACCGACGUCGUCAUCGUCGGCGCGGGCUCGGCCGGGCUCUCCUGCGCGUACGAGCUCAGCAAGAACCCCAACAUCAACAUCGCCAUCAUCGAGCAGUCCGUCAGCCCCGGUGGCGGCGCGUGGCUCGGCGGCCAGCUCUUCUCCGCCAUGGUCGUCCGCAAGCCCGCCCACCACUUCCUCGACGAGCUCGAGAUCGAGUACGACGAGACGGACGACUACGUCGUGAUCAAGCACGCCGCCCUCUUCACCUCCACCAUCAUGAGCAAGCUCCUCGCCCGCCCCAACGUCAAGCUCUUCAACGCCGUCGCCGCCGAAGACCUCAUCGUCAAGAACCAGAGGGUCGCCGGCGUCGUCACGAACUGGGCCCUCGUUUCCAUGAACCACGACACACAGUCGUGUAUGGACCCCAAUGUCAUCGAGGCCAAAAUCGUGGUCAGCUCCUGCGGCCACGACGGCCCCUUCGGCGCCACCGGAGUCAAGCGCUUGAGGAGCAUCGGGAUGAUCGACAGCGUCCCCGGGAUGAAGGCCCUCGACAUGAACACCGCGGAGGAUGCCAUUGUCAGGCUCACCAGGGAGGUCGUUCCUGGAAUGAUCAUCACCGGCAUGGAAGUCGCCGAGAUCGACGGAGCCCCGAGAAUGGGGCCGACUUUCGGUGCGAUGAUGAUUUCGGGCCAGAAGGCGGCGCACUUGGCGUUGAGGGCUCUGGGGCUGCCCAAUGCUUUGGACGGAGCGGUGGCUGCUCAACCGGAAUUGGUCCUUGCCUCGGCCGAGUCUGAUGUGGUAGAUGCCUGAUUCUGUGCUAGUUUUUUUUUAUAAAUAAACUGAGGCGCAGCAAUCGAAUGUAAUGGGCUUCUGAGAGUUGGGUUUCUAUGUUCAUCAUGUUUCUUCUCGAGUUAUCUACUUUGAUUUUACUCAACCUCA